AUUAUUAUUAAUAAUUGUUUUGAGUAAUUACCAAUAGUGUCCACUGCCUUUAAGUGUGACCUGAGAAUCAUAAACAGAACUUGUUUGUUUGUUUGUUAUGUUUGUUGGUUUUGUUUUGUUGUUUUUCUUCUUCUUUUUUGUCCUUCUUCCAUUUUGAGUACAGCCUUUUCGAUUGAAGAUAAACGCAUUGCAAGACACACUGAGGUGGACCCUUUCUCUUAAGUGUGUACUUAUAACAACACAUGGUACCUCUUGCUUUACGUUUCAUCUGAAGGACGAAGUAAUAAUGGUUAGGUGUUUGGCUUAAGGACACAAGAGUCAAGACCUGUACUUGAACUUGCACUCCUAUCUCAAGAGUGUGUUUAUUCCCAUCCAAUAGUAUACACAUAUUGACUGGCAAUGAGGUAACUAGUGUGCGGCUAUAGGUCUAUAGGUCCUAUUUUGGCUGAUUUGAAUCGGAAUUGUGUUAUAAAUAUGAGAAAGUAAUAGACUUUCAUGUAGGGUUUUGCUAUAAUAAAUAAAACUCACUACUGAUAAAAGGAAUUAUUUGACUUAAACUAAAAACCGAAAAGAUAUUGCUGUUGGGAACAUGACAUCAUUAGGUAUAUAUUUCCUCGCGCUCACCAGUCAUGAACAAAUAAUUUUAUUUGUUUUUAUGAAUGUUCUUUUCAAACAGCAUUAUCUGUCAAAAUUCGUUUAGUAAGAUUUUUGUCGACGAAAAUCGACAAAACUCAUAAAGCGCCGUACUGUUGCACAACUGCCUCAAAGCGCAAUGAGUAAAACUAUGCUAUAGAUAAAAAGACAAAAGUCAUCAGCAGGAAAAUUGUAUAAAAAAUUACAAAAUGACAAACUACUAGAGAAUAAUAAUAGCCGUCGCUCACUGGUCCUGACAGCCUUUGGCAAAAUUAAGAAUUUGAUAUAUUAUUCAAGAGUAACAAAAGGAAAUGCUGUUUAAACCUAACCAGUGGGUCUGUAAGGGACACUUAAAAACAUCCAUUAACAUGUUAAUUUUUACUGCAUUUUUUUCAUUUUUGGUUAAUGUUCAAAGUAACUGCUGAAAAUUAUCACUAUAGUCACUGUAGGAUGGCACUUAGGCCUACAGUUUUUGAUUUUGUAUAAAUAGUAUAAGAAUAUAUAUGAACGUUUGUAAAAUAGCUUUCAAAAACAACUAUUUUUGUAUCCUUUAACAGUGACCACAAGUUUGACUUGUAAUAUUUUGUGUUGAAACUAUAACUUGUGAAUUUAAGUAUGCAGGUUCACUAUUUAGCAAAUCUGUAGUACGUUUUGAAAUAAUAUUCUAUGCCCUAGUAUAUUGAAUAGAGGGCAGUUUCAGACUUUAUGUCUGAAUUUUACGCCUGCAAAGAAUUUAAGUAUGCAGGUUCACUAUUUAGCAAAUCUGUAGUACGUUUUGAAAUAAUAUUCUAUGCCCUAAUAUAUUGAAUAGAGGGCAGUUUCAGACUUUAUGUCUGAAUUUUACGCCUGCAAAGAAUUUAAGUAUGCAGGUUCACUAUUUAGCAAAUCUGUAGUACGUUUUGAAAUAAUAUUCUAUGCCCUAGUAUAUUGAAUAGAGGGCAGUUUCAGACUUUAUGUCUGAAUUUUACGCCUGCAAAGAAUUUAAGUAUGCAGGUUCACUAUUUAGCAAAUCUGUAGUACGUUUUGAAAUAAUAUUCUAUGCCCUAGUAUAUUGAAUAGAGGGCAGUUUCAGACUUUAUGUCUGAAUUUUACGCCUGCAAAGAAUUUAAGUAUGCAGGUUCACUAUUUAGCAAAUCUGUAGUACGUUUUGAAAUAAUAUUCUAUGCCCUAGUAUAUUGAAUAGAGGGCAGUUUCAGACUUUAUGUCUGAAUUUUACGCCUGCAAAGAAUUUAAGUAUGCAGGUUCACUAUUUAGCAAAUCUGUAGUACGUUUUGAAAUAAUAUUCUAUGCCCUAGUAUAUUGAAUAGAGGGCAGUUUCAGACUUUAUGUCUGAAUUUUACGCCUGCAAAGAAUUUAAGUAUGCAGGUUCACUAUUUAGCAAAUCUGUAGUACGUUUUGAAAUAAUAUUCUAUGCCCUAGUAUAUUGAAUAGAGGGCAGUUUCAGACUUUAUGUCUGAAUUUUACGCCUGCAAAGAAUUUAAGUAUGCAGGUUCACUAUUUAGCAAAUCUGUAGUACGUUUUGAAAUAAUAUUCUAUGCCCUAGUAUAUUGAAUAGAGGGCAGUUUCAGACUUUAUGUCAAUGAAUUUUACGCCUGCAAAGAUUUGUUUAUUAAGUGGCUGUCGUUUUGUGAAAGAUGACAUUUUUAUUUAAAGGCACUGGACACCUUUGGUAGUUGUCAAUUCUCAAUAGGUGUACAGUAUUACAACAAUAUACAUAAAAAUACACAAAAUCGGGGCAAAUUUUGACUCAAUUAGUCAUCGAAGACGCAAGAGAAUUAUCUUAGUAAAACACCAUUGUUGCACAAAUUCAUUUGAGUGCUCUCAGAUCUCAGAUGCCUGUUAAAAGGCUUCAGUCUUUUAUUACUUGUUGAACUAUCUCUGUGAUAUUACUCUAUUGAUGAAAGUGUAGACUAUUUUUUAUGAAUCUACUGCAUGUUAGCGAGGCUUAGAAAUAGUCCAUGCGAAGGUCUUGAAUCAAGUGUUGUAGCGGCAAGACCAUCAAGGGUUGUUGCUUUUGGUCUAAACCUGAUACUUGUUGAUAUAAGGCACCAUUCUCCCAUUGACCAAAUACCAGUUGAAACACCCAAUGACCAGGGCCAAAUUUCAUGGCUCUGCUUACCGCCGAGUUCCACGAUCACGAUUCCCUGCUUACGUGCAAGCGCCGAAUUUCUGCGCUAGCCUUGUAGGUAACAUUGACGUAACAUUGAGUACGCACACGCAGAAGCCCAAAUUCGCCGCUUACCCGUGAAACACGCUUGCCGUAAGCACAAAAUUCCCUGCUUCCGUAAGCGGCGAUUCUGUGCUUACUGUAUCCCAGUCUAAGUUCACUCCAAGUGGGCUGGUUGACAGUGUUGCAAAGCUUCCAUAUUUUAUUUGAACAUGGAUUAAUGAGAAAUGUCACUGAAUGAAUAAUGUUCUCUGUUUUGGGGGUUUGCAUGAAAGGUAGCCUCUUUCACUUCCAUGCAUUCAUAUUAAACUGUUAUUGCCUCGUCAUUUGAAACCAUUAUUUUCACUUUGAAGCCUGUGAAUUAAUAUGGCAUUACAUUAUGUAAAGGCUGUUCGGCGAAAUCUACAAUGAAUGUGUAGGCUGAUACAAUGUUGCUGAAUAAGAAGCUCCAGCAAUUUUUAAUGUUUUGUGAGUUGAUUUUCAAAUUAAACUGUAAUAUUCUUUUUAGUUCGCAUACUUUAGAACAUUGGAAUACACAAAUAUUCCCUGUCAACGAUUUAUUAUGUCAUACAUUGCAAUAUAAUACGCAGUUGCUGCAUGUAUUUAAACCCAUUUUAUAUUUUCCCAGUCUUAAUUUACCUAUACUAGGUUAAAGCUAUGUAACCUCUGAGGUCACAUGUCUCUGCCAAAACCCACUUGGCCUGAGCUUUUUGCAGGCACUAUUUGUACACGCAGCUCAAAGGACGAAUAAUUAUCUUAAAUAUGAUGUAGUGGAGAUAGCAUUGUCUGAGAUUACCAACUUUUAAUGUAGAGAAAGUGGUACAACAUCUCAAAACUUAUUUAGUUAAUAAAACUUUUUGUGACUUUUUAAAUGUUGGAAAUUAGAAUGAAAAAGUGUCUUAUGACCAGUGUGGUAUAUUAUUGCCUGUUAUAUGAUGCAUCUGAAUGUACACAAUGUCACGCCUUUUGUUGUAAAGUAAAGGUUAUGUAUGGUGCUUGACACACAUCGAUGCACAGGUUUAUUAUAAUGGCUUAAUAUAGCAAAAAAGUUUGUUUACGCCAAAUAGUUCAUGGUGCUCUUAUAUUGUCAGUGAAAUCACUCAGUCGUGAACAGUCUGUUGCUCAUAGAGUUUGGUGAUAAGCACAUUGCGGUUUUGAACAUCGCUGGUACUUUUUAGUUUUGUCUUCUUGAGGAGACAUUUUUAUCCCCGACAGAAACUGUCACACAGCCAGCCUUCUUUUUGAAAAUGAAAAGUGAGUGACUAUUAAGUUUACAUUUUGAACUGAAUUUAUAUUGUAGACUGCACUGAACAUAGGCCCGCAGCUCUGUGACCUUGUUUACGCAACUGUUAGAUAUAACAAGGCUAGAUAGGACAAGCUAUGUGCACUGACGAACUCGGAAUGUCUAGAGAAAUUUAAGUAUGACCUUCAUCAUUGUAUAUUUACCUGGUAAGCUGUGUGGAAUAUUUCAAAAGAUCUUUCAAAAGAAUGACUUUUAUACAAAGGUUGAAAAACCCUUUGUGCUGUAAAACCCAUGGACCGCAUUCAAAUCAUAAGAGGCAACAAACUACAACGUUUGUAAAGUCGGGGGGUGCCGUGACCUAGAAACAGUAGUGUGGUGAUAGCGCUGAUAAUCUGCAGUUGACUGCAGUCUACACUGUGUGUUUUUCAAUUUGAAGAAACCUCUUAUUAUAUUUGCUCAUAUUCACCAAAGUUUUACUGUUAACCCCGUUGGAUAUGAUGGCAGUGUCAAUAAUCUUGUACUUGUUGUGUUGUCUUUGCUGGCAACAUGUUGUUGGACAGACAGUUGUUACAAAUACUAGUCUAGGGCAGAUCAUGGGCGAGAAAAUCUCUAGCUUUGGUCUCCCUCCACUAACCUGUUACAAUGGAAUACCUUACGCUGAACCACCGAUUGGGGCACUGCGCUUUGCCAAGCCGGUUCCUAAAGCUGCCUGGGACGGGAUUCUCAAUGCUACGAUGUUUGGACCAAGCUGUCCACAGUUCUUCGUCACUUUUAGUGAAGCCUUUGACCAGUUUCUCCCAAAUAAGGAUAUUGACGAGGAUUGCUUGACUUUAAACAUGUAUAUACCUGAUAACGAUAUGGACAGCAUGGGACCACUCCCAGUUAUGGUGUACAUCCAUGGUGGCGCCUUUGUUAACGGACAAGGAUCACUGUAUGACGGUACCAGCUUAGCUCUACAAGGAAAGGUUAUUGUAGUCACCAUCAACUACAGACUUGGACUCUUUGGGUUCCUCAGUACAGGAGACGAUUCAGCCCCUGGUAAUUACGGACUUUGGGAUCAAAGACUCGCCAUUCAGUGGGUGAAAAAUAACAUCGAAAACUUCGGUGGUGAUUCAGACAAGAUUACUAUAUUUGGUGAAUCUGCUGGAGGUUGGAGUGUAACCUACCAAAUGGCUUCACCUCUGAAUGAUCGGACUCUGUUCCAGCGCGUUAUUGCUCAAAGUGGAGCAGCCUUUCCUGGUAUAAUAACACCAACAGAUGUUGCUAGGUAUCAAGCAUGGAAUCUAGGUGAAGUGCUUGGUUGUAACCUUCCUUAUGGAAGUACUACCCAACACUUAAUCAACUGUCUGAGGGAGUUUGACAUGCAGACUCUACAAAAUAAAUCCAGCAUCAUCGUUGCGGGUGCUAUAAUAGACGGAGACUUCCUCCCAAACAUCGACUAUCUGACGUCUCUAUCACAAGUGGGACAAUAUGAUCUUCUGAUGGGUGUGAAUAGCCAGGACGGAACUGUAAUUUCACUCAGUCAGAGUAGUCUAACCCCCGAGGAACUCAAAGCAUCAACCCUUCAAAUAACAACGUCCACAUGUGCAUGCAGCAACCCAGAAGACGUCAACAAUGCACUUCUGGCGUUUUAUUAUGGAGCAGACAUGUUGGACGACCCAAGACAGAAUGUUGUCAAAGAUAUUGAUGUAGGUGGGGAUCAGUAUUUUGUUAUACCAAGUGUCAACUUUGUCUAUCGUCACGCUGAAUCCGCUGAGAAUACCAACACGUACUUUUAUUAUUUCACAUACGACGUUGGAAAGGAAUUUCUAGUUUCAGCAGAAUUUCUUGAUCUGAUUUCGGGCGCACCCCAUGGUCUUGACAUAUUCUACGUGUUUGGUUAUGCACAAUACAUUCUUCCUUCGGGCUCGGAGGCGGUGAUGCUGGCACAACAGUCGGUGCAAUACUGGACGGAAUUUGCUUAUUAUGGAGAUCCAAAUGGGGCCGGUCUACCUGAGUGGCCCAAGUUUAACGCUGAGAACGAGACUUAUCUCAUUCUAGAACCAAACAUCACAACUGGGCAACACCUCAAGGCAGAUAAAGUGACCUUCUGGAGAGACUACGUCCCUACAAUAGCAGAAUCAAUCUAUUCAGAGACCUGUUCGACUGAAGUCCCGGUUAGAGGAGGAAAUUCCAAAACACCCAUCAAUAAAACUGUAGUGAUUACAAGUAAAGAUGGUGAUGUAUUAGGGUCCAUAAUUGGUGCCAUACGGAUCGCAGAUGAGGCGGUGGGUGGUAAAGAGGUAGUCGAGUUUCUAGGAAUACCGUAUGCGAAACCCCCAACUGGGGAUUUACGAUACCGGGCUCCGAAAGACACUGGACCAUGGGGAGAUGAACCACUUGGAUUCCCUGAUAAACUACCCCCUGCCUGCCCUCAAGACAUCCCACAAGAUCCCUGGAUGGUUCGCGUUGGAUUGACGGAAGUCAGUGAAGACUGUCUAACUCUCAACAUCUAUGCUCCACUUGUUGCCAACAACUCUUCCUUACCAGUCGUCAUUUUCAUCCACCCUGGAGGAGGAACUGUCGGUACGUCAUCUGCUUAUGAUGCUGUACCUCUGUCAUCUAACAUGGAAGCUGUCAUAGUUGUCAUCAACCAUCGUCUUGGAGCAUUGGGAUUCUUGAGUACUGACGAUGAAGAAGCUCCUGGUAACUAUGGAUUGCAUGACGCGUUGGCUUCUCUCAAAUGGGUCAGCAAGUAUAUAGGCAGCUUCGGAGGUGAUUCUAACCGUGUCACUGUGAUUGGUCAUGGAUAUGGGUCAGUAACUGCACACUUACUCGUCAUGUCAGAGAAGGCAGAGGGGCUGUUUCAGCAAGUUGUACUAAUGAGCGCCUCUGGUCUUGUGCGUCCUCUUUCAAAUUCUGUCCAACCGAGUCCAAUCGAGCAAGCUAGAAUCCUUGCCAGAAGUGUGGACUGUCCAAUCGAUAGCAAUGAGGAAAUGAUCAAGUGCCUGCGUGAGAAACCUGCUCUGGAUGUUGCAGGGAGCAGCAGGUACUCCCCAUUUGAAAUCCCAUUCCGACCAAUAAUCGACGGUAAUAUUCUGACUGAUGAUCCAAGGGCAUUGUUGAAAUCAGGAACAAUCAACAAUGUAGAUUUGAUCAUAGGAAUGGCCCAGGAUGAAGUUUCUGCAAUUUCAUUCCCACUCUUUUUCAGCAACGUAAGUUUCUGUCCAACUCAAGAGGAAGCUGAAGGCAUCAUUGCUGUCGUUAGUCGAGCUUCAUUCAAUAAUCCUGAGAAGGCUGCCAAAGCUUUCUCCACUGAGUAUCUUGGACGGAAAGGCAUGGAGGACGAGUGUCUUACAAGAGGGAGUGUCAGGCAGUUUAUGCAAGAUAUGUUGACUGUGUCACCCACAUUGGAAGCAGCUGAGCUUCAUGCUGCUUUGGGAAAAGAAGUUUUUCUUUAUUCGUUCGAUCACGAACCAAGCUCUCACUAUUACAGCUACCUUCCCCCACAAGCAGGACCUGCUUUUGCUGACGAUCUUCAGUUCCUGUUUGGAGAUCCUUACAGCUCCCACGUUGAUGAAUACAAGCUCACCUACCGACUCCAAGAUAAGCAGAUCAGCUUAGAGAUGAUGACUUUGUGGAAGAACUUCAUUCACAAUGGGAAACCAGGCGUUUCUCGUUCCGGAGUCGAGUGGCCACGUUUUGACAGAGAGAACCUCGCCUUUAUGUCUCUCACUGGCUGUCCUGAAGUUCAAUCUGGUUGGGAUUACGAUUGGCCCCACCUUGUGCAGUUCUGGUCCAACCUACUACCGUCUAUCACAAUGCUGUCGCUCUCAGCCAAGCCGACCAACUCCCCAGACACCACCGAUCCAACAGAGCCCUGUCUUGUUGGGAAGGGUAUCGGGCUGAACUUGACCCAAGAUGAAGCAACUUUCCUGAUUGAAGUUCUUGUGGGGGCAUUAAUAGGUAGUUUGGUUUUAUCUGUUCUUUUCCUUGGUGGUUGUGUGGCUUAUAAGACCCGUUCAGCCCGAUACGAAAAGCAAUCAAAGAGCGUGUAUCAAAUGGAUAGCUAUAAUCAUUUAGAUGGAUAGAGGUUCUUUUAAGACUAAAUGCGUUUGGUUCAAAGAAAGGUCUAUUUAAUACUCACAAUGGUAGAUUUGUUGAUAGAAAUAGGCAGCCGACCGACAAUUGUUUGUAUAACACAGACAGGGUACGUCUCGCUUUAGUAACAAUAGUGGGUGUGGCAGGCUGUGUAUGUGAACUGUGUUCUCAUAUUAUUGAUACUGUUGUUUUGUUUAGACGCUGAGCUCUGUUAACCAAACACUCAGGUAGAUCUAACGAUCAUUUGUUGGUAUCACCAUAAUGAUAAUUUGUAUCUCUGCCGUCACACUUUGCUUUGUAACUCAUAUUGAUAUUAAUAGCCUCUCACAGUUAAGAUUGUCUAAUAGCUCUAUCGGCCCUCUAUCGCCCAGCUUUACGAUUUGUCUUUUUACGUGAAAUGUCAUUAUUGUUAUUAUACUGAAUUGAAUUGUGACAUCACAGUUUUGCUUGGAAGUUACAAAUUGUUUUUAUACUGAUUUGAAUGGUGACAUCACAGUUUUGCUUGGAUCAUUUUAAAAUCAAUUCUAGCCUUUUAUGGAAUCCGAACCUGGGGCAGAUUUCACAAAUAUCUAAGAUUGAUCGUAAACUGCAAAUCAAUCGUAGUUGCUAUGAAAAUGGUGAUGUCACAAUACAAAUUACUAUGGUGAUACUGAAAAAUUGUCUUGCGAUGAAUUUUAUUGCAUUGUGAAAUCGGCCACUGGCCGUGUUGCCAUCUUGACCCAUAUCCCUAUAUGUUGAGUUUGCAUACAUUUCAAGUAAACUCCUGUGGCUAUUCAAUGGGUUUGUACACAUUUUAUACAUCUGAUUCUUGUUUCGUUCCAGUCUACCCAAAAUCGUUGCCACGCAAUGGGUGUGUUUUUGGACACACGUGAACAACGAAAGUUUACCUGGUAGAUCUGCUGCCAGCUAGCGUUCAAAAGUCUCCGAACAAAAACAAAUCCCCCCCCUCAUUCAUGAAAAAUGGGUGGAUUGCUUUGAGAUGGGAAAAUUGUCUUCUUUUAAACAAUUGUUGGUUUAUUUAUAUAUCCGGGCUAAAAUCGAACCAUUUUGAGAAAACAUUCUCGUUACAAAAGUUGGUUUUGUGCGUGACUUUUUCCACAGUAUGCUUAAAGCGAUAUCAAUAUUGAUAACUCCACAGAGUAAUUAGGUGUUCGGCCAACAGCCGAACAACUAUUGUUCUUCUUUCCCUGCGAACCUUCUCCAGCAAUUUUAAACAAA